UUUGAGAUUUUGAGACCAAAGUUUCGACAGGUUAUGAAAUCUAGGAAUCUGUACUCUGUAAAAAUGUCUGAUGAACUAUUUUUGUAGAUUCUUGUGAGUUUUUCUUCAAAUGAAACUUGAAAAGUAAAAAAUGGCAGCUGGAUUACCUGAGGAAAAAUGGAAGGAGGUUUAUGCUAACCUGAAAACAUUUCACGAUAAGGCUUACACUGUGAUAGAUGCAGCCAUUAAGCUAGAGGAGGAGGAUAAAAAAGAUCAAGCUCUACAGAAAUAUGAAGAAGGCCUUGGAUUGAUAGACUUGGCGCUUGAACUGAGGGUGGAAUGCCCAAGCAAUCCAGACCUAACAUGGGAGAAAGGAUGUGUCAUGCUUCAGAAGAUGAGAAAGACAAAGAAAGAACUGCUAGGCCGCAUAGCGGACAUCCAGGUCCGCCAACCCCCGGACCCCAACCUUCUCCCCCCUCCCAGCUACGACGAAGCCAUGUCUCUCUCUCCCUCUCUUCCUCACGUUCCCCCCACCACUCCUGUCCUAUUUCCCCCCUACGUCAAUGGAGGAGGAGUGGGAGGAGGAGGUCCCUCCUUCCCCUCGACAGCUGGUGCUACCUCUCUCCCUCCCUCGGGAGCAGGUGCCUCUUCCUCUCUCGCUCCCUAGGGAGGAGGUCAGCCAGCCUCUUUCAUGACCUACCAGCAGUUGGGAGAGGCUCUCAACAACCUCAAGGUGGAGACUGAUAUGCAGUCGGCUCAGGUCAUCUACACGCAUGACAACGUCAGGUUGUACUUCAUCUCCAAUGAGGGUGUAGUUUCAUCGUCGUCUGAGCCUAGUGUGUUGAGGAUAUUGCAGUUGGAAGAUGGCACGGGCAAAGAGCCAUUAUUCUACCUGCAGGUUGGUGACUGGUUUUACCCUCUCGUCCCCAACGUCUCACCCUGCUUCAGGUCUGAGUACGGCGCCUUCAUACUCCCUGAUGUGCAUGGUGAAGAUGGAUCAGCCGUGGGGAUUAUGCUACCACCGGAUGCUGACAAAUCGGUGUACAAUCUGUUGGAGGACAUUUUGCACUGCAUUGUGACCACGGAGCCGAUCGCCCCGCCCCGUCACCGCGUUAAGCGCGAUGAGACCAGAUCGGCGGCUGUCUCCAGGUCUAUUGUGUCAGAUAAGCAUCGUCACAAGAAGAGAUCACACCGAGACCCCGAAGAUGCCGAGAAAAAGUCUCAUCGCAGGCAUCGAAGACAUCAUCGGCGACAUCACGAUGAUGAGGAUGCUGUUGAUGACGGAGAAUCAGUGACGUCAUCCUCCAAGGACUCCCAUCGUAGACACAGGGGGAAGAAACAUCAUGGAUACGAUCUGCUUCCGAAGAGUAGGCAUAGUAAACAUCUGUAUGGUGUUCCAGUUUUUGGGAACUACAGGACUGUGUUGGGAGUGAAACCUUCUGAAAUGGUUGUUGCUGAGGAAGAGAAACCGCAGAAGUUGUUGGUGGAGAAGAGGGUGGAGAAGGAGAUGGAGAAGAAGGAGAAGGAGGUAGAGAAGAAGGAGAAGGGAGAGAAGGAGGAGGAGGAAGAGGAAGAUAGUGACGAAAGUAGUAGCACUGAAGGAAGCAGUGACUCUGAGGAUACCGUGGAAGAAGCAGAGGAGGUAGCACUGGAUCCGAAAGAGGAGAAGAGACGGAGAAAGGAGGAGUACAAAGAGGAGAAGAGGAGGAGAAAGGAGGAGUACAAGAGGAGCAACAGUAAGAGCAGCAGCAGCAGCGGUGGACAGGGGAAGAGGAGGGGAAAGCGGUUUGUGCUGGCCUCCAAAUACAGAGCUCCAGAGUCAAGACUUGGCUCGUAUAUUUCGUCAGGUGCGCAGUACAUAUCUUCAGGACUGGUACGGGGAGCGGAGAAGGCAAGCGAGUACAUCAACAGUAGCACUCCCCGGCUGCUGGAGAAGAUCACCCCCGACCCCACGCCCCGCCAGGUGUCGCCUGGCCUCGCCAAGGGUGCCGAGGUGGCCAGGAAUGUGACGGGGACGGCGGUUGUGGUCACCGGUUAUGUCGCCAACAAAGUAGGCUCAGCCACCAUGGCCCUGGGUCGCUACCUGGCCCCGCAUAUUCAGAAAGGCGGCACCCGACUGGCGGGGGUGGCAGGGGUGGACGAGGCCACGGCUGCCGCCCGCGUCGAGGGGGCGAUGACCUUGGCUGCGGGGGCGGUCGAAGGAUUCAGCACCGUAUACACGGGUCUCGAGCAAGCUGGCAGCAUACUAGGCAACAGCCUCACCAACAAUACUGUGCAUAUUGUUGAGCACAAAUAUGGUCAACCAAUGGGCCAAGUGACAGGUCACACGCUACACUCAAUAGGCAACGCGUACGCCGCGUCGCAGAACUUCAGGAUUUUCACGCCGAAAAACCUCGCCAAGAAGACGGCCAAAGACGCCGGAAAGGCUUUCGUUGAAGACUUCCGCGCCGAACUCAGAAAUCACAACUCAAUGCCGCAACAAAAUCACAACUCAUUGAUGCAGCAGCAAAAUCACAACUCAUUGAUGCAGCAGCAAAAUUACAACUCAAUGCCUCCGCAGCACCAGAUGAACGGCGACCAGAAACCGCCGUUAGACAAACCGGGACCAUCUAAAUCUUAGUUUUAAUGCCUUUAAAUGUAAAUCUUAGUUUUAUUCCAUUGCGAGAUUCACUGCAGACUGUCAGUAUUGGUUGAAUAGAAAACAUCAAUAUUUACAUAAAAAUUGAGAAUCAUAGUAACCUUUUUAACAUAUAUUUAUAUUUCCAAGCUGAUUUUAAUUUAAUAUAAAUUAUACAAUAUUAGUCUACACAAGAACCUAUUUAUCUAUUAUUUUCAUUUUUUAUCGUGCAAAAUACUACAAUCAUAAUAUAAUUAUGACAUUGGAGGAAAAAAUUGGCUGAGCCUGUACUAUUUCUCCCCAAAAAUUUUGAUAAAAAGUUUAUGUUGUCCAAAGUUUGAAUUGCAAUUAAGUUUAACAAAGCAAAAAGUAAAAUAAUUAUCUCAAGAUUAUAAAGAACCUCAUGCGGUAUGAAUUUCAUCCACUACAAUAUACCUUGCAAGAGAAAAUGGAUAAAUAAUAAUUAGGCCAUUUUAUUGUCUUUUUUCUUUAGGGCUAUUGAAAAUGACAUUAAUGUGCGAAACAUGUUGUGUGAUAAAAUAAUUUAAAAGGGUACUGAGAUUUAUAUUUUUAUUUAUAAUAAGUAGGCUACAUAACUAUUAAUAAACACAAUGUUACCUACCUCAUAAAACUCUAAUAAACAAAAAAGAGAUAGAGAGGUGGAUUACGACAAGACAGUUCAAAGAAGCCACUACUGUUCUAACCAGAAAAGGGAAUAUUUUGUUUUGACUUUGCACAGUAUAGAAAGCUAAUUGAACGAGAAACUAAGAGAAUUCAGUGGUUAAAAAUCAAAAAACCAUGCUACAAAAUUCAAAAGCUGCAUAACUAUUAAUGAACAUAAUGUUACCUACCUCAUGAAACUCUAAUAAACAAAAAUAGAGAUUGGUGGAUUACGACGAGAUAGUACAAUGAAUCUGCUGUUCUAACCAGAAAAGGGUAUAUUUUGUUUUGACUUUGCACAGUAUAGAAAGCUAAUUGAACGAGAAAC